AUGGCCCAAAGUCAACAAUACUCUGUAAAUCUCCUUGACAAAGGUCUUAUUAUUUCUGAAAUACAUUAUGUAAAACAAACUAAUUGUCAGAAACCUGGCUUUAUUUGUACUAAUGGUUCAAAAUCUAGUAAUGUCAAAAGCUCACCUUCGACUGCAACCUGUACUUUGUAUCAAAGUAUGUUUGGUGUCAAGACAGAAUACUCCAUUCUUUUAAUUCUUGGUAUCAAUAAUAAAGACCUUAUUCAGAAAUUAACAAAAGACAUUUCAUUUGUAUCAUUGUUUCUCAAAGUUGACAAACAUACAAUUGUUAUUAGUUCAAUUGGAUAUUCAUCUCUCAAAAAUUACUAUGGUGUGGGAACAGGAUAUAUCUCGACAAUAAUGACAAAGAUAAGUGGACAACAAUGA